AUGUUAACAAAAGAUGAUAUAAAUAAAUGUCCAUCUAUAUUUCAUAAUGUAUUUUCAAAUCCAGUUUUUAUCGAAAGAGUUUUAUUAAUUACUUAUGUAGUAAUUUUUCUUAUUGGUCUUGUGGGAAAUAUUAUGACCAUCAUUAUCAUAAAAUUUAAUACUCAUUUACGUACACCGACAAAUCUUUAUCUUCUCAAUUUGGCUGUUUCCGAUUUGAUGAUGUUAAUAUGUAAUUUACCUUUAGAAAUGAUUGAAAUUCAUUAUCGUGAAUGGCCAUUAUCUAUUAUGUUUUGUGCAUUAAGAAAUAUAUGUGUAGAAUUUUUUACUUGUUCAUCUAUAUUAACUAUAUUAGCAUUUUCAUGUGAACGUUAUUUUGCUAUUGUUCAUCCAAUACAUUUUCAUCAAUUAAGUCAUUUACAUCGUGCACAAAAUGUUAUUAUUAUUAUAUGGUUUUUAUCACUUUUCGUUAGUAUUCCAAUUGGAUUUUCAUAUGAAAUUGAUAAAAAUUUAGUUGUUAUAUCACCAUAUUCAACAACAUUUAUAUUAAAACCAAUAAAUAAUACAAAAUUUCAACAAUUAAAUGAAACAAUUAUAUCAAUAAAUAUUUAUUGUAAAUCAUGUGUACCAAAAAAAAAUUUAAUUCAAUUAUUAUCAAUUAUUAUGAUAAUAACAUCCAUAUGUUGUUUUUAUUUACCAAUGAUUAUUAUUGGUAUUAUUUAUAUCUAUAUUAUAAAAGCAUUACAUCAUGUUAAUAAAUAUGAAAAACGUUCAAAUCAUAUUGAAUCAAAUUUAUUACCAUUAUCAAAUUAUGAAACUCUAGGAAGAAAACAAACAUCAAGUACAUCUUCUCAUUCAAAUACAAUUAAUCAAGAAAGAACAAUUCAUAUGAAACAAAAAACUACUCAUCUUAGUUCUUAUUCAUGGUUAAAAAAUCGUGCUCAUUAUCAAGCACGAAAAGCUGUUGUUAAAACAUUGGUAACUGUCGUUAUUGCAUUUUUUAUUUGUUAUGCUCCACUUUAUUUACAACGUUUAUUAUCAGCUAUAAUAAGUUUAAAUUCAAAUAUAUAUUUUGAUUCUUAUAUAUUUUCAAAUAUAAUGGGAUAUUUAUAUGUUAUAUCAGGUAUAACAUUUUAUUUUGGUUCAAUUAUUAAUCCAAUACUUUAUAAUGUUGUUUCAAAUAAAUAUCGACGAGCAUUUCGAGAUUUAUUUUGUUGUCAUUUAACAUAUAAAACAAAAACUAAUAUUAAUAAUCAACGAAAAUUUUUUCAAACAAAUUCUCAACCACUACAUUCAUUUAUAAGAAAAUUUCCAUAUGAACAAGAAAAUUGUAUUAAUAGAAAAUUAUGUUAUGAUCAUUGUCAAGAAAAUUUGGAAAAUAUUCAUCAAAAAAAUAUAUUGCCUAUAAUCAAACUUCCUGUUCUAUCGAAUAAUCAAUCAAUGCGAUCAAAUUUAUCAUCGAUUAGUUCUUAUAAAAGAGAAUUUUAUUAG